AUGGCCGGUACUGUUAUAAUUAGAGAGUACUUCCACAACACUCGUCGACCUUUUCGAUUGACUCUCGCCGGAGAAAACCUCUACGUUCUCACAUCACCCCACGAUGUAGCAGCUGCAUAUAAGGAGACUGAAUCUCUCACUUUCGACCAGUUUAUCAGAGACAUCAUGGUAGCUUUUGGUGCUAGUCCUGGUGCAAUCGAAAAAAUGUGGCUACUCCCAAGCAACGAUAAACACGGUUUUAACACCCAGGUUAAAAAUCCUAGUCAAAAAUCCCUUGCUCAGCUCACACGAGACUUUCACAAGCAGCAGUUGCACCCAGGCCAGAACCAAAGGUCGUUAAGUGUGAAAUUCCAAGACUACAUUGACGAGUCUUUACGUUGGGACAGCAUGUCAAUCAAACUUAACGACAAGUACACCCUCAGAUCAAGCGAAAUGUCUAAGGACAUAUGGCUCAAAGGAUGGUGCGCAGAUGUUUUGUUGAAUGCUGCAACGCGGGCAUUCUAUGGUGAAUCUCUUCUUCAGAACCAACCAGAUCUGUUCCGAGAAUUUUUUGAUUUCGACGACAACAGCUGGAUGCUAAUGUACCGUUACCCACGUUUCAUGGCUUCAAGCAUGUAUCAAGCCAAAGACGCAGCAAUCGAUGCCUUGACGCAAUAUUUCGCGACGCCCAAGGGAAGCAGACGGGGCGAGGCAUGGUUCAUCCGGACCUUGGAGGCAGAGCAAAGACAGUUGGGUAUUGGUGAUCGGGACAUAGCAACACUGAGCCUUAUGGUGUACUGGGUGGUCAACUCUAACACGUACAAACUCUGUUUUUGGAUACUUACCUAUCUCCUCCACGAUUCCACACUUCUAGCCCUGAUCCGAGAAGAAACAAGUCAUGCUUUCACAACAACCGGAGAGCUCUCUAUGACAUUUCUGCUCGAUUCUUGUGUCCGCCUCAACUGCCUUUUCGACGAGGUGCUCCGUAUAACUAAUUCUUCAUCGUCCGUUCGAAGCGUCGUCUCCGACACCAUUAUUGGCGACUUUGUUCUCCGGUCAGGCGCGAAAGUCCUCAUUCCUUACCGUCAGCUUCACUUCGACGAGGCAAUUUUCGGUACCAAUGCGCAAGAAUUCGACAGUGGGAGAUUCUUAAGACAGAGGAAUCUCCACCAAAGUCCCAAUUACCGACCGUUCGGAGGAGGGUCGACCUACUGUCCUGGAAGGUUCAUCGCGCGGCAGGAAGUAGUUGCAUUCGUGGCGUUUGUUUUAAAAAGAUUUGAGUUGGAAAUCCCUAAUGCAGAGAAAGAUGGUAUUCCAAACACGUUUCCACGAUUGGAAGAGAUGAAGCCUUGUCUUGGGGUCAUGGGACCUGUACAGGGAAACGAUCUAAUCGUGAGGAUUAAACGACGAAUGUGCACUUAG